AUGGCGAUAAGAUUAUCUGCGGGAGGUGCAUCUGAGAGAGAAGUUAUGCUGAAAAAAGAAAGAAAAGACAGAAAAAAGAUUGCAAGUGAGAAAAAGUUGCAAGAGAAUAGCAGUGAUGAUGAGAAGAAAGAAGUACAGCAGCAAAUACCAACCAUAGAAGCAAAAAGUGCUAAUGCAAAUGAGAAAAUAACAAGUACUGAUGUGGCCAGUGGUAACAAAGCCGCCGCAAACGUAUCAACAGGAUUACCACGUGAUUUGCUUGUUGAACGUGAACAAAGUGGACGAAUACAAUCUUUGACAAAAUUCAUCUAUCAUCAUGGUUAUCUAUGUAAUCGUACAGUAACUGCAUGGAUUAUUACGAUCUCAUAUUUGCUAUGCAUAUACAUUUUUCUUGCGUUACUAGUGACUGCGGGCAUAUAUAUGUUGUUAUACACUACCCGAGAUGCACCAGUGUACUACGGCGAGACUACUUUCAUUGGUGGUAUUCCAGGGAUUGGUUUUGAACCCCGAAAGCGAAGUAUGAAAAAAGAGCAAAAUAUUUUUAGAUGGAAUAUUGAUGAUCCAACAUCAUAUGCUUUUUAUGUGCGAAGGCUGCGGAGAAUUCUGUAUGAAUAUGCGAAGAUGGAGAUAAUACCCAGCAAAUUCAAAAUAGAUUGCAAGAAAACAGUUGUACCGUACGUGGGUGGAAAACCUGUAAAACAUUUCUGCAAAGUAGAAGCAACCAAUACGGACGAGAAUUACGGUUAUGGUGAUUGUGCUUUAAGCAAGAAAGUUUUUGUUUUGCACUUCUGCUUGUAUAAGACAAAGGUCAAAGAUCAUCCCAUAUCUACUUUAUAUAUUUUGAACAAUGUUGAGCAAUGGAAAACUAGGUUUGGAUAUGAUAUUGGUACACUUUGUGUUAUGCUGCGCAUAAAUAAGUUAUUUGGUUAUUAUCCAGAAAGUCCAACAUAUGACUUGUUUGCUAACAGUUCGCUAGAUUUUGAAGCACAUAAAAUAUGUGACCAAGUAGCGAAUGUAACAGCUUGCUGCAACGAUGACCGAAUGUUGUUCCAGUGUUCUGUCAUGGAAGGAAAUACAAAUGUAACUAUAGCACAAUAUCCAAAAUUUGGUUAUCCCUAUUGCUUCUAUCCGUUCAAUAAUCAAGACGGUUAUAUGCAACCAUUUGUCAUGAUCCAAUUGUUCAACUUGAUACCGAAUAAGAGAACUGGAAUCCAAUGUGUGCCAACAGCACCGGACCUUCAGUAA